CUUGAACAUUUUGAACUUCUAGGAUUCCUGUACCCCGAAGACCUAAAGUCCAUGUUGCUCAUCUUCUUCUUCUUCAUGUAUAUAUUGUGUCUUUCCGGAAAUGGCUUGAUCCUCUUAGUGGUAGCACUGGAACCCCAUUUGCACAAGCCUAUGUACUGGUUCCUCUGCCACUUGUCCAUCAUAGACAUGAUGGUCUCCUCAGUGGUAGUGCCCAAGUUGAUUGUUUGGCUGAUGGGAGGGAAUGGGGCCAUCUCCUUUGCAGGGUGUGUAGCCCAGCUCUUUUUCUUCCACUUCCUGGGCUGCACAGAAUGCUUCCUGUACACCGUGAUGGCCUUUGAUCGCUUCCUGGCCAUCUGCAAACCACUCCACUACGGCUCCAUCAUGAACCACCGUGUGUGCUUCUACCUUUCUGCUGGCACCUUGCUGGGAGGUGCCCUGCACUCUGCUCUAGAGACUUCCCUCACCUUCCAUUUGCCAUAUGGACGGGGAAACCAGGUGAACUUCAUUGCCUGCGACAUCCCAGCUGUGCUGAAGCUGGCCUGCGUGGACACAUCCCUCAAUGAGAUGGUGACUUUCAUUGAUGUGGGGUUGGUCGCCAUGGCUUGCUUCCUCCUGAUCCUGACAUCUUACAUCUAUAUCAUUUGUGCCAUCCUGAGAAUUCCCACUGCCAAGGGGAGACACCGUGCCUUUUCCACCUGCACAGCCCAUAUUACCUUGGUAAUGAUCUAUUAUGUGCCUGUUGUUUACAACUACCUGAGGCCGGCGUCUCAGGAAUCCUUUGACGGCAUCAUUGCCAUGUUUUAUGCAGCAGUGACCCCCUUUUUAAACCCUCUCAUAUACACGCUGAGGAACAAUGAGAUGAAAGUGGGUUUGAAGAAACUGUGCAGUACAAAAUGA